UUGAGCCAAGUCCUGGGUUCUCUCUUCGUAAUUUAAUUUUAACUUGCACCUAUUUUGCAUUCUGCUGCACGAAUAAGUCUUGCGUGAUUCUGUCUCACGGUGAGACGUGUAAUACUUUUUAUAAGUGCAUAGAAAAAAUAUUAUAUUUUAACUAAAAAGCAUUACACUUCCCACGUGAGUUGGUCUCACUCAAGACUUGCUCCUGUUGCAUACCGUAUUAGAAUUUCUUUCACUAAUCAUGUUCUCACAUUUCUAUCCCAAGCAGUCAUGAAAUGUCUUCCUUUCCGUGCUGCAGUUAAAUUUCAGCACUGUGUCUCAAGAAAAAAGCUUAAUAUGGGAGCCUCCAGUGGUCAAAGGCUCUCCGGGAUGCAGAAACAAGUGCUUUCUCUGUAUAGGGGAUUCUUGCGAGCAGCUCGCGCUAAACCCCCCAUUGAGAGAAGGCAAAUCAAGUCUCUCGUGACAGCUGAGUUCCGCCAUAAUGCCAAGCAAGUUGAUCGUAAGAAUUUCAUGUACAUCGAGUACUUACUUCGACGUGGUAAGAAGCAACUUGAUCAGCUCAAAAGCCCGGAUAUUGUUGGGUUGUCGUCUUUAAGUGUUGAUUCUUCUCAAACUAAAAGAUUGUAAGGUAGAAAUCACUAUCAUUAUUCUUUCCCACAUUCUAAUAAUUAACACAUUAGUCAUUGUUACAACUACAAAUGUGUUACCCAUUGUUACUUUGAGCUUGCAUAUUUAUGUAACAUAAGCAAAGGUCUCAAGUGCUUUAUGGAAUGAGAAGGAUGCUAAUAACACAAGGGCCAGGUUUUGAAACCAAUAAAUAUUUGAGAGUUCAUUGAAA